AUCUGCCUCUCUCACUCCCUUCUGCUUUCUGAAAACCUUCUGAACUUUGAAACUCAUGGAUAUGAUGGAUAUGAUGGAUAACGGGUCGGACUACAUGGACGAUUACGACCUGCUGGGGAACGGCAGCGGCUCAUGCGAGUACGCCGAGUGGGAGCCCUCGUACUCCCUCAUCCCGGUCCUGUACAUGCUGAUCUUCAUCCUGGGACUGUCCGGAAACGGGGUGGUCAUCUUCACCGUGUGGAAGGGCGAGAGCAAGCGGCGAGCGGCGGACAUCUACAUCGGCAACCUGGCGCUGGCCGACCUGACCUUCGUGGUGACCCUGCCGCUCUGGGCCGUGUACACGGCGCUCGGGUACCACUGGCCGUUCGGCGUGGCUCUGUGCAAGCUCAGCAGCUACAUCGUCCUCCUCAACAUGUACGCUAGCGUCUUCUGCCUCACCUGCCUCAGCCUGGAUCGCUACAUGGCCAUCGUCCGCUCCCUGAGCAGCUCUCAGCUCAGAACCCGCGGCAGAAUGAGGGCGUCUCUCGCCGCCAUCUGGAUCCUGUCCGGUGUCCUGGCGUCGCCCACUUUGCUCUUCCGGACCACCGUGUUCGACAAGGAACUCAACCGGACCUCCUGUGCCAUGGAUUUCAGUCUGGUGGUGAGCAGUUCCAGCGAGGAGACCCUCUGGAUCGCCGGACUUAGCAUUUCAUCCACAGCGUUGGGCUUCAUAAUCCCGCUGAUGGCCAUGCUGGUGUGUUACGGCUUCAUCGGCUGCACCGUGACGCGCCACUUCAACAAGAACCUGCGCAAGGAGGACCAGCGCAAGAGACGCCUCCUGAAGAUCAUCACCACGCUGGUGGUGGUGUUCGCAGCCUGCUGGAUACCCUUCCACGUGGUCAAGAGCAUGGACGCUCUGUCCUACCUGGGACUGGCGCCGGAUUCGUGCUCCCUGCUGACGUUCCUGCUCCUGGCGCAUCCCUACGCCACCUGCCUGGCGUACCUGAACAGCUGCCUCAACCCGUUCCUGUACGCCUUCUUCGAUCUGAGGUUCAGGUCUCAGUGUUUGUGCCUGCUGAACCUGAAAAAGGCCAUGCACGCCAGCCCGGCCAGCUCCCUCUCCUCGCAGAAGACUGAAGCCCAGUCGCUAGCCACCAAGGUGUGAGCUGACGAGGUGAGCGAGCGGGGCUCUUUUUUUUAUGAGGCUUCGCGACUGGACCUUAAAUCUACUGAUCUCGAGCAACCAGACUCUUAUGUGUUGCGUGAAAAGACCUUAAAGGACUGAACAGGCAUGCUGGAGGUUCUCAGUGCCGGUCUGGCUGGCAUCCAUGCCAAGGUCGGACAUCACGGACAGCUAAGCUGCUCUCCAGAAGUCGGCGGCUCCGUAGGGACGGACGGAGGGACCCGGUGGGUGGUCCCAGGUCCCUUGUAGAGACAUUUGCUCUGGACUUUUAAUUUUAUCGCUUCAUUACUUUUAAGCACUUGGUCAUAUGUUGAUAAGGGGCAUCUCGGUGCCUCCUGCUGAGCAAUUUAUCAAUUCAUCACGGGGAUCAACUUUUGGGCAAGUGUGGAGGGGGGUGGUAAUUAAGGAGCAGGGUGUCAGUCCAGACAAAGUGUUGCGGAUUGAUUAAAGACGUCGUUUGGGAGGGGUGCGUGGGUACGGGGGGCUUAGACUGACAGAUGGAGACUGACAAAUGCCGCCAGAGGGGGGCAAGAUAUUAACUGGCAGCUUUUACGGGCGGCUGUGUGUGUGUGUGUGUGAGCAGACACUUUAUGAAGUGAAGUUUAUAUGAAUUGACCUGCUGUACUGUAUGAUCACCACGAAUCAUGAAUUAUCCUGUAAAUAAAACUUCUU